UGGAAGCCUGGCCGCUUUUUCGGGAAAAGAAUAAAAACAGAGGGAGGGAGAUUUUCCGGCGCCGCCAGAUAUUAUCCGGAAACAAAUAGCAGAGGCGAGUCUGCACUUCCCAGCCUGGCCCAUAUAGUUCCACCAAGUUCUUUUCACCAUGUCGUGACUCGGUUCUAAUUCUUCCUCGGUCCCUCUAUUCCUUUCACUGUGGACUCUUGAAAUCUCCCAUUUGUCUUUGAUUUGGGUAAGGUUCGGGUGCGUGAGUCUCCAUAAUAACGAAAAGCAAAACAGGGGAAAAUGGGAAGAAUCUUCGUCGUGGAGCUGGAGGGCAGGUCUUACAGGUGCAAGUACUGCAAAACCCACUUGGCCCUAGCCGAUGAUCUCAUCUCUCGGGCUUUUCAUUGCCGACGAGGUAAAGCAUACCUCUUCAAUAAUGUAGUGAACAUCACAGCUGGAGUACUAGAGGAAAGGAUGAUGCUUUCAGGAUUGCAUACGGUGGCAGAUAUCUUUUGCUGUUGCUGUGGUCAAAUAGUUGGCUGGAAAUAUGAGACUGUGCAUGAGAAGAGCCAACAGUAUAAAGAGGGGAAGUUUGUUCUUGAGAGGUAUCAUCCUAUUCUUUUUCUUGUUUGCCAAAAAAAGGAAAAAAAAAAAAUCAUCUUGAGAGGUACCAUCCCAUUCUUUCGUUUUUCCUCGAGAGAGGAAGGAUUGUUGAUGAAAUUGAUAUCUCCCCUGAAUUCUAUAUUGACACUCAUGCCAGCAUGAGUGAUGCUGAAGACGCUUAGCAUGUUUCGUUCUGGUCAUCAAACACUGCUUUUGUAUGUGAAUAAUUAUAAUAAUUGUAAUGACUAUAAUAAUAAUAAUAAGAACAAUGGUGUCGCUUUUUCCCCACCCUGAUCUAGCAUGCUUGCGUUUUACUUUUUUCCUUUUUUUUAAUACUGGAGCAGAUGAACAGGAGAGACUUCUCCAGUGUGUAAAGCUUCUGGAUGGAAAUGGAUUAAAAGUAUCGAACACUUUACUGUAGCAGAUGAACUUAUGAGCCAUAUUGCUGAAUGUAUCCCUAAUUCCCAUCCUAA